CCAAUUAUGCGUUUCUUUUCUAUCCAACAUGGAGCCUGCCGAGUUAGAGAAGUACACGAAGCACGUUGAAAAAGCCGAAACUGAGGCAGAGGCCAUUGCCCUCGAAAUAAAGGCGCUGGAUAAUGGCAUCUUCGAUGACAUCUCUGCAUCGCCUGAAUUGGCUGCUCUUCGUGCUGAAAAUGCCAAGCUCAAGUACAGGCUCCAGAUACUCAAGAGGAGUGUUGAAGAGGAGGAGGCCAAAGGACGAAAUUUCAUGGAAUGCCCCCGUGAUUCCCUGCUGAAACUGUUUGUUCAUGCGGUCCAAACUGCCUUUCCGGAUGUCCAAGAACCGCUGGUGCCGGUGCUGCCAAGCACCAAUGAAAAGUUUGGUGAUUACCAGUGCAAUGCUGCAAUGCCAUUGUCACAGGCACUCAAAAAGGCUGGGAAGCCAAUGCCUCCUAUGGAGGUGGCCAAGCGUAUCCUGGCAGAACUUCCCAUGAGUGACAUGAUUGGCGAGACAACAUUGGCUCCGCCUGGCUUCAUCAAUGUGACACUGAACCCAGUCUACAUUGCAUCCUCUGUGCGUCGCAUCCUGACUGCAGGGGUGCUGCCACCACGCCAAACAGGGCCCAAGAAGCGGGUGAUCGUCGACUUCUCGUCCCCGAACAUUGCAAAACAAAUGCACGUCGGGCACCUCAGGUCGACCAUAAUUGGAGAGAGCCUGAGCCGGUUGCUGGAAUUUGCGGGUCAUGAUGUGUUGCGGCUGAACCAUGUGGGAGACUGGGGCACCCAGUUUGGCAUGCUCAUCGCACACCUACAGGACCGCUUCCCGGACUACCUGGUGCACUCGCCACCCAUUGGAGACCUCCAGGCUUUCUACAAGGAGUCGAAGGUGCGUUUUGACUCGGAUGAAGAAUUCAAGAAGCGGGCUUAUGCAUGCGUUGUUAAGCUGCAAUCGCAUGACCAGGACAUGAUGUCUGCAUGGAAGCUGAUCUGUGAUGUCUCAAGGCAAGAGUUUCAAACCAUUUACGAACGUUUGGAUGCAACACUAAUAGAGAGAGGGGAGUCUUUCUACCACGACAUGAUGGGAGAAGUCGUCAAGGACCUUGAAGAGCGAGGGUUUCUGGAAGAAGACGAUGGUCGCAAGGUGAUGUUUGCAGAAAACAUGCCAGUUCCAUUGACAAUCGUAAAAAGUGAUGGCGGCUACACAUAUGACACAUCUGACAUGGCUGCGCUCAGGCAUCGAGUGCAGCAGGAGAAAGCUGACUGGAUCAUCUAUGUUGUAGAUGCUGGCCAAGCACAGCACUUCAACACCGUGUUUGCCUGUGGACAAAGGGCCGGCUAUGUAGACACUUCUAAGGUGCGGCUGGACCAUUGCUGCUUUGGUGUUGUACUGGGCGAGGACAAGAAGAAGUUCAAGACACGCUCUGGUGACACAGUCAAACUGGCUGACCUGCUUGAUGAGGGUCUGCAACGUUCAAUGCAAAAGCUGCUUGAAAAAGAGAGAGAAAAGGUGCUGACACCGGAAGAACUGAAAUGUGCGCAAGAGGCUGUAGCCUAUGGGUGCAUCAAGUAUGCAGAUCUCUGCCACAAUCGUGUCCAUGAGUAUGUGUUCUCGUUUGACCGGAUGCUUGACGACAGAGGCAACACUGCUGCCUAUCUCCUUUAUGCUCUCACAAGGAUCAGGUCAAUAGCACGUAAUGUUGGUUUGUCCUUGGAUGUGCUGAGGAAUGAAGAUGUGACUGUGCCUGUUGAACACCCCAAAGAGCGCAAACUGGCAAAGGCACUGCUACGCUUCCCUGAAGUGUUGGCCACCAUGCUUGAAGAGCUGUACCUGCACCCACUGUGUGACUACCUCUUUGAUCUGUCACAGACAUUCUCGGAGUUCUACGACAACUGCUACUGCAUUGAGAAGGACCGCAAGACAGGCAAGGUCGUCAACAUUAACAAGGGACGCCUGCUACUCUGUGAGGCAACAGCAGCCAUUAUGACCAAGGGUUUCUUUAUCCUUGGCAUCAGGACUGUGGAGAAGAUGUGAAGACAAGUGCGCUUUGAUAUUUUUUUUUUUUUAAUGAAUUUCAAUAAAGGUCAUACAUUGGCACCGAGAUCUGGA